AGAAAUUUGUAAUACUGCCAAAUCUGCAGUUAGUGCGUCAACCGGACACGCUUCCAAUAUAAAAAAUAAUGACAAUUAAAUAUUAUUCAAAAGAUUAUUUUAAAAUGAAAUAAUUCUUCUUUUCAUUGACUCGUAUAAUACGUAUGUUCCUUUUUAUUGCACUAUUAGAUUUUUUACUUUUUUAUUAGUUACAAAAAAGUGAUUCAAUAUUAGUGUCACGGCACAUGCUUUUAUCUUUUCGACAAAUUCUUUUAAAAGGAAGUGCUAGAUGUAUCUUUAAAAGAAUAUUGUUUCCAAAGAUAAUGCCAAAAAGAACAUUACAAAAGCCAGCUGAAAAGAAAUUAAAACCGAAUUUAAGCUCAACAGAAAUGUCUAAAGAUCAAAACGUUUCGGAUAAUAUUAACCUUAAUGAAAGCACGCUUUCUAUGGAAAAUAUGCAAGAAAAUAAUGAAAAGAAUAAAAUGAAACUCGAAUAUUUGGAUUCUCCAAUUAAAUCAGAAAACGAUAAAAAAGAGUACAGAGUUAUCAAGUUGGAGAAUGGACUCACAGCUUUGUUAAUCGCAGAUUUACAUUCGACUAAACAUCCUUCACAGGACGUUGAUGAUAUUCAAGCUGGUGCAAUAAGUAGCGAGACCGAAGACGAUGAGAGCGAUGAUGACGAAGAAGACGAGGGUGAAAGUGAAGAUGAAGAUGAUGGAAGUGAAGAAGACGAAGAAGAGGAAAAAGGUGAAUGCGAACAAUUAGAGGACGAUGAUAUCCAUUCAUUUGGAGCUAAACGUCUUAAAAGAGAAGAAAAAAUGGCAGCAUGCGGUUUGUGCGUCGGCGUUGGAAGUUUCAGCGAUCCGCCAGAAAUUCCAGGAAUGGCUCAUUUUUUAGAACAUAUGGUUUUCAUGGGUUCUGAGAAAUAUCCUCAGGAAAAUGAUUUUGAUGCAUUUAUUACAAAAAGAGGUGGUUCUGACAAUGCUUCUACGGAAUGUGAACAAACCACAUUUUACUUUGAAGUACAAGAAAAAUAUUUAUUGGCAUCACUUGAUCGUUUUGCACAAUUUUUUAUUAAACCUUUAAUGAAACAAGGUGCAAUUACCAGAGAACGAGAAGCUGUUGAAAGUGAAUUUCAGAUGGCUUUGCCUUCUGAUCUUUAUAGAAAGGAACAGUUAUUUUGUAGUUUCGCGAGACCAGACCAUCCCGCAAGAAAAUUUACAUGGGGAAAUUUAAUAACGUUACGAGAUAACGUAACAGACGAUAAGCUUUACGAAGAAUUACACAAGUUUAGAGAACGUCAUUACAGCGCCCAUAGAAUGAAAUUAGCCAUACAAGCUAAAUUACCAUUAGAUACAUUAGAGGAAUACGUAUUGCAAUGUUUUUCCGAAGUUCCAAAUAAUGGUUUACCACCAAGUGACUUUAGCCAAUUUAAAGGAGCAGAUUCAUUUGAUACACCUAGCUUUAGAAAAAUAUAUAAAGUGAAGCCUAUUAAAGAUGUUUGUCAGAUAGAGUUAACAUGGGCAAUGCCGCCUUUACAUGACUUAUAUAAAAGUAAACCUCAUCAUUAUAUCGCUUGGAUUAUUGGGCACGAAGGAAUAGGUUCCUUAAUAAGUUAUUUGCGCAAAAAGAUGUGGUGCUUAGAUAUUUUUAGUGGAAAUGGAGAAAGUGGCUUUGAACAUUGCUCCAUGUAUGCAUUAUUUAGUUUAUCGUUGAUUCUUACAGAAGACGGUCACAAGCAUUUACAAGACGUGUUAAAUAGCAUUUUCUCAUAUAUUAAUUUAAUGCGAAAGGAAGGCCCGCAAAAACGAAUUUAUGAUGAAAUUUCUCAGAUCGAAGAAACUAAUUUUAGAUUUACAGAUGAAGUAGCACCUGCAGAUUAUGUAGAAGAAUUGAGCGAGAAUAUGCACUUCUUUCCUCCGGAAGAUUACAUUACGGGUAGCGAACUUUACUUUGACUAUAAUCCUGAGGCAAUACAAAUGUGCAUGGAUUAUUUAUCUCCUGAUAACGUGAAUAUUAUUAUAUUUGAUAAGAAAUUUAAUGAUGAAGAAUUUGACAAAGUGGAACCAUGGUUUAAAACAAAAUAUACCGACAUGGAUAUACCCACAGAAUGGACUGAAACUUGGAAGACAAUAACCCCUUUACCAGAGUUCCACUUGCCAUUACCAAACAUUUUUCUUACAAAUGACUUUAGCUUAAUAUCUGUAACUUCGGAUGUUCCUAAAUAUCCUGUUAAAAUACAUAGCGACGAUAUAUCUGAAAUUUGGUACAGGCCUGAUCCAAAGUUUGGUUUACCCGAAUGUUACAUGUAUUUUUAUAUUAUAUCUCCUUUAACAACGUCAGCUAAAAACGUUGCUCUGAUGGACUUGUUUAUAGAAAUAUUAAAACAAUUAUUGGUCGAAGAAUUGUAUCCAGCUACAGCAGCUGAACUUAAACAUCAAAUGUAUACAGGUCAGAAGGGUAUCGUUGUUAAAGUUAAUGGAUUUAACGAAAAACUGCCACUUUUAUUAAACAUUUGUGCAAAAUAUAUAGCAAAUAGUCCAAAUCUUGUAACAAAGGAUCUAUUUGAUAUUAUGAAACAAGAACAGCUCAAAGCUUAUUAUAAUACAUUUGUUAAGCCAGCAAAGUUAGCCAAGGAUGUAAGAUUAUCCAUAUUGAUGCUCGAUCAUUGGCCUGCUGUCGAUAGACAUACAGCUAUCACUGCUACUACAUUUAACGAAUUUCAAACUUUUAUCGAACAAUUUACUAAGCAUACGUACAUACAAUGUCUCGUGCAAGGCAAUAUGACAAAAGAAAAUGUCAUACAAAAUAUACAGAACUGCAUUGAUAUUUUAAAAUGUGGUCCAUUGUUAUCGAAUACUAUGCCUCGAUUGAGAAUUACAAAAUUGCCCACAGGAAUACAAUAUUGUAAAGUAAAAAAUUUUAACAAGAUGGAUGUUAAUUCAGUAGUGACAAAUUAUUAUCAAUCGGGUAUAUCGUCUAUCAAAUUAACAGUUAUCAUAGAACUGCUUCUUAUGAUUAUGGAAGAACCAUUAUUUAAUCAGCUUAGAACGCAAGAACAGCUUGGAUAUGAUGUUUCAUGUCUUAUGAGAAAUACUUAUGGCAUUCUUGGUUAUUCUAUCACUGUGUAUACCCAAGCAGAUAAGCAUUCAACAGAGCAUGUGGAUAAUAGAAUUGAAAAAUUUUUAAAAUCAUUUAACAAGGUAUUAAAGGAGACUUCGGAAAAAGAUUUAGAAAGUAUUAAAGAAGCAUUAACGAAAAUAAAACAAUGUGCUGAUAUUCAUUUAAAAGAAGAAGUUGACAGAAACUGGUCUGAAAUCACAAAUUGUGAUUACAUAUUUGAUAGAUUGGAAAAAGAAAUAAUUGCUGUUGAUGGUAUAAAAAUUGAAGAAUUAAGAAAUUGGAUGGCUUCUCAUACUAUCAAUGGAGACAACCUUAGAAAACUGAGUGUUCAUAUAAUAGGAACUAAAGAAGAAACUUCGAACGAAAAGAAAGAUAUUUCUAAAUCGGAAAGUGAUGAUAAAGUUACAUACGAGUUGAAGUAUUUAAAUAAUACAGCUACAAAAACAAAUAAGUCGUCAGAGGUAUAUAUUACAGACAUUGAUAAUUUUAAAAGUGAACUACCUAUAUAUCCUCUAAAAGAUACAUUAGGAUGAUAAUAUAUAUUAUAAAAAAAUUAUGUAUUUGCCUCAUUCAGAAAAGUGUAAUAAAUACGUAGAUUUAUAAGUAUUGAAAAACAUGA